UUGAAAUCUUUUAAUUACACAGUAAGCAUUGCUCCCUGCUGGCAGUCAGGUGAUGAUGAUGAUUCAUUUGCUUUUACUUUCAUAACUCAGUUUUAUAUCCCAACUGAGGAGGCUGUUGCAGAACUUUGACCUGCGGACACACUGCUCUUACAAGCAUCCUGUUUUUUAAUAAGUAGAGUAUACGUGUAUACCUGCCAAGAUACAAUUGUCUGUCAGACCUUGCGCUCCACUUUCAUUCUGAGUCAAUGUUUAGUUUUGAGCUCACACCUCUCUUGACUUCCUCCCUCCCAUUCCUCUCUCUCUCUCUCUCUCUCUCUCUCUCUCUCUCUCUCUCACUCACUCAAUGCUUGCCUGCCUCCUGAGCAAUAGAGCAAAGAAAACAAACCUGUUUGUCUGGCUGCAACCAGGAAACCAAUCAAAGAGUGUACCGAGAAGAGAGAUAGAGAGAGAGAGAGUGAGAGAGAGAGAGAGAGAGAGAGAGAGAGAGAGAGAGAGAGGUGACAUCAAGAAAGAGAGACAAAAGACAAGAAGCAACAUUUCAGGCAAUGACAGAAAACGUGUUUCCGCUGUGCUGUGAGUAGAAGUCUCAUCUCUGGUGACCCUGAAAAUGUAGGACUGCUGGAACCUUGGUAAGCAGAGUAUUGUGCUAAAUAGAGGGAGAUUCUGGCUAUGAGAAGGGCUAAAAGUGUAGAGUGGGCAGAACUGGAAGAGAAGGGAGUGGGAUGGUAAAAGUUGGAACUCUUGAGAGAGGGUUGAGUGUCAGUGUCAAACCCUUUCCUCCUUGUUUUCAGAUCAGUCUUUCUCCUGCUUGGCUCCUUGUGUUGUAUCGUUGCUGUUGUGGAAAUAUGUUUGGUUUUUCUUAAAUACAGCCAUUAUAUAUAACAGCUCUUGUGUUUUUGAAUUUUUCUGAAGAUCUGACAAUGGAGUGAGAUGCUACGAAUGGACAACUGUGGCUGUUUUGAGAGGAAACGUUCAGCUUUGAGUGCAUUUUUUUAAGACACUGUAAUUGCACAUGCUGUCCAUUUUUGGAUAAUGUAAUGCUGUUGGAUUAUUAAUUUAUGGAUCAAAGAUGGAUGCUGCCUGAGGAGGUUAGGAUGUGUGCUUUUCAGAUGAAACUGGGAACACACAAUAGCCACUGUAAGGAUAACAAAUGCCAGCUUAAACACUCAAAAACUUGAGCCAGUAAUAGCAGUUUUCUGCUUAGUAACUUUCACACGCAUUCAAAAAUUUUACUGUCACACCUCAAUAGGCGAGGCAGGACCAUUAUUAUCUUUUGACACUCCCCCACACAUAGUCACUGACAUUUAAGGUAGUCUUUCGUUCACACCAGUUUCAAACACACACCAAUGAAAUGAUGGCGGCAGCAGGUUCAGAAGCCUCCAAGAGUCCAAAAUCCAGCUCCCAGCCCCCUACCAGCGGAGACCGGCGGCUGGUGGACAAAGCUCUCAGAAGACUGGAUAAGCUCUACGAGUUGUGCACUAACCCUCGGCUGGGCCUGAGGAACAGUCCGCCAUACCUUCCAGAGCUGGUCUCUGAGACGACAACGCUGGUCACGCAGGUUUGGGAGCCAUACCAAGGCUCCAGGGUGGGCGGCAGCCAGGUGCCCCGGGGAGAUGAGGCCAAGUACCUGAGGGUCCAUAUGAGAAACCUGCUAGAUAAGACUGAGAGGGCCAUUCUACUGUUUAAAGAGGGGCGGGAGAAGAUAUUUGAGGAGACAUCAAGCUACAGGAGGAAUUUGACCAAACUGUCCUUGCUAUUCAGUCACAUGCUCUGGGAGCUGAAGGCCUUGUUUCCAGGGGGGUUCUUUCAGGGUGACACCUACAGGGUGACUAAAACAGAGGCUGGGGAGUUUUGGAGGCAUUCAUUUGGCAAUAAAUGUAUUGUGCAGUGGAAUAGUUUUAAAGAGCAGCUGCGAAGUGUGCAUGCAUUUGAGGAAGGGAUGGAGUCCAUGGCUCUGAAGUCAACCAUAGAUCUCACCUGUAAUGACCACAUCUCUGUGUUUGAGUUUGACAUUUUCACUAGACUGUUUCAGCCCUGGAGGUCACUUAUUAGAAACUGGAACCAGCUAGCAGUGACCCAUCCAGGAUAUAUGGCCUUCCUCACCUACGACCAGGUUGUAGCUCGACUGGAACACUACUUACACAGACCUGGGAGCUAUAUCUUCCGUCUAAGCUGUACAAGAAUGGGCCAGUGGGCUAUUGGCCACGUGACCAUUGAAGGUGGCAUCAUCCAGACCAUCCCUCAGAAUACACCUCUCUACCAGGCGCUCAUUGAGGGCUUCAAGGGGGGCUGCUACCUGUACCCAGAUGGCCGUGAUGUUAACCCCGACCUGACGAGCUUGAGUGAACCAACCCAGAGGGGCAAAGUCAGAGUUACAGAAGAGCAGUAUGAACUUUACUGUGAGAUCGGCAGCACCUUCCAGCUGUGUAAAAUCUGUGCAGAGAGGGAUAAGGACACUCGUAUUCAGCCUUGUGGCCAUCUCCUGUGCCAACCCUGCCUCAGAGGCUGGCAGCAGAAGUCAGCUGGCUACACCUGCCCAUACUGUCGCUGCGACAUCAGAGGAACGGAGUCCAUCCUCAUCCAGCCCUACGUUCCAGGCAACAGCCAAUGGGAGGAGGAAGAGGUGGACGAGACCGAGGAAGAAGAGGACCAUGAGGACAUUGAGGUUGUGGUAAAGGAAAUGGCUGCCCUGAGGAAGUUUUCAAGUUUGGAUUACCAGGUUCCCAGCUCCCACCUCAGUGGUCCACCUCUGCCCCCUAAAAACACCAUGACCCCACGCGGUCCAUCUCCCUCCAACCGAUCCAAGACAUCAGAAUCCAAGACACCAGCAAAAAACUCCAGGUCCCAUCCCGCUCACAGUGGCAAUGAAGCACACAGAAGACACAAACAGACAAACAGGAACAGGUGGCAGGAGGAAGAAUCACACAGCAGUGAGGAGGACAACGCUCAUGGGCUGAGACCGCCUCCGCCACAUUCACUCUCCCACAGCACUGAGCACCUGAGUACCACAGAAGCAAGGUUACCUUCUUCUUCUUCCCAGAUGGGUGUCGGCUGUGGAGCAAAUUGGCUCGGACCCUCCAGCCCAGUCAAACAGAGAAGAAAACAUAAGGAGAGAGAUGAAAGGAGACCAGGGCCCCGAAAAGAGGAAAGUGGCCUGGGAGAAAUGGCGAGAACAAUGUCAUCCUGACAGAAAAACAACAUCUGGAAUCUAAAGACUUUUUAAAU